CGAAGAGCCUAACGCCCUGGAUGUAUGAAAAGAUCCAGCAGUGCUUUGUCGAUCGCUUCGGAAAAUACUCGGGCUGGGCGCAUUCGGUGCUGUUUGCCGCCGAAUUGCCGGCGUUUAGGCAGGUGGUGAAAGAAGUAGAUGAAGGUGAGGUAUGAUAAGAAGUAAUGGGUAGGAACAGGAAGAACAACGGUGGACGUGGACGAGAUAAAAGCUUGAAGCAAAGAGUUGCAGUAGAGUUUUCGCUGAUGUUCUUCGCAAAUUUAGAAUAGGG